CUUUAUAAAAGAAAAUGGCGACCGAAGCUAUCGCCGUAAAUAUGUUUAGUUGUUUUUCGAAAUUGUGUUUACUGGCACCCAUAAAAUGCAAUUUUUCUAUAACGUGCGAAUAAGUGAAGUGAAAUAUUGUGAGAACUAUACAAGAGUGUUAUGUUUACAUUUGAAAUUAUGUAAGAACAAAGACUCAAAUCUUCGUUCCCUUCGUGGAUGAUUUUGGCACCUGCACAAAUGAAUGAAAAUGGGAGACUCCUAUUUGUUGUUGUUUAUAACAAUUUUACUCCUAAUACGAGCUUCAGUAGAAAAUGAGAGCAAUGACUGUCCACUAAAAUGUGAUUGUUUGAAGCAAUAUGUGGAUUGUUCACGCAAGAAUCUCGUAUCUGUGCCAAAAAUUCCUCAGUGGGUGGAACAAUUGGAUCUCAGUUACAAUCGAUUGAGUGGAAAUGUAACUGGAAGUUUGGAUAAUUUAAUGAGCUUGAAAGUACUAAAAUUAGACAAGAACUUGCUUCACCAUAUUCCAGAUAUUUUGAAACAUGAAGAAAUUCAAGAAGUUAGUCUAAACCGAAAUAUGAUUGGUUCCAUAGAUCCAGGUCAAACGGGUUACGGACAACCGGGCCAACCUGGCUAUGGACAACCUGGACAACAGGGUUACGGGCAACCCGGACAACAGGGUUACGGGCAACCCGGACAACAGGGUUACGGGCAGCCUGGACAACUGGGUUACGGAGGACAACCACAAGGCGGUGGACUCGAAAUGGGCCACGGUCCAUAUCCAUCAAUUGGGGCGGGAGGAACCAUCUCCCCACAAGUACAGCAAUGGUUCCAAGCUGUAGAUAAAGACCGAUCUGGAUUUAUCACGGCUCCCGAACUAAAAGCUGCGCUUGUAAAUGCACAAGGCCAGACAUUUUCAGAAACGGCGUGCAACUUGAUGAUUGGAAUGUUCGAUAAGGAUCGUUCCGGCCAUAUCAACGUUGAAGAGUUUGACAAGUUGUACACCUACAUCAACCAGUGGCUGGCGGUUUUCAAAACAUAUGACACUGAUCAAUCUGGACAAAUCGAUGAACAAGAACUCUCUAAGGCUUUGACCCAAAUGGGUUUUCGGUUCACACCAGAAUUUAUCGGGUUUUUAUCUAAGAGAUCUAAAGAAGGAAAGAUAUCAGUGGACCAUUUCAUAGUGUUAUGUGUGCAAAUACAACGUUUCACUGAAGCAUUUAGAGUGCGCGAUACCCAAAAAAACGGAACCGUGACUAUUGGCUUCGAAGAUUUUUUAAACGUAGCUCUAAGUUGCUCUAUCUGAAAGAAAAUAUAAUUAAAUAUAUAAGAUGGAGUCACAUUCCUGCAAUGCUUUUAUGACACUAAUGCAAUAUAAUGCCCAUUUUUUGUGGAGAAAUCUCAGCCAUGUCCAACACCCACUGAUGAUCUUCAAAUGUAUCACAAAAUACCUACAAAGAGGUAAGGCCUACAAGUUUCAUGAGUACCUGUUAAUGUAAUUCAGUUCUAUCAUUUGCCUAUUUAUUGUUACCAUUCUGUGUUGAUUAGGUACACAGGCUAAUCUAAGCCAAGUUAUUCAGACAGGUGUUGUGUAAUUUUAUAAGUAAACAACACUAUUUUUUAUACAAUCAUAAUAGAUAAAUAAAAUAUGCUUAUUAAAAUA